GUCUUAGAGCAGAGCUACUGCCACUGCUCUUUUCUUUUUCCUAUCUUUGACUCUAUACUGUACACUCUCCACUUCCUCCUACGCCAACCGGCCACCUUUUCUCUCCAUCUACUCUCUCUCUACUCUACGUUUUUUCCCCUUUCAUUUAUUGUAUCUCUAGCCCUUUGUUUUCCGGCCGCCGUCUCCGGUGACGGCAGAGCUGGAAGUCCAAAGCUGUGUCCGCCGACGGCAGCCAGUUUCUGGUGCACUGCUGGAAUAAUUCAAACUCGGUGAUUGGGAACGCGGCUGACUCAGCUUUGAGUUUUGAGCUUUGGAGCGAGGACAGUGAAAAGUUCAGACUUACCCUUCUUUUUCUUUUCCCAGUUGGGGUUUCAGAUCUGAGUAAGAUAGAAGGCGCGCGUUGUGGUGGUUGAAUCUUUUGAGGCGUAUUUCGUGAUUUGAAGGGAAGGAAGGGAAAUUAGGUGGCGGUGUGGAUGGUUGUGUGGGGCGGCAGAGGAGUGGUGGCAUGAUAAUGAGCGCAGGGGGAUGGUGGUGUUGGUGUGGAGGUGAGCGUUUCACGUUGAAUGGCAGAUCUUGUUAGCUACGGUAAUGCCGACCGUGACAUCGAGCAGGCACUGAUUUCUCUAAAGAAGGGAGCUCAACUACUUAAAUAUGGUCGCAAGGGAAAGCCUAAAUUUUAUCCAUUUCGACUCUCUAACGACGAAACAGCUUUAAUUUGGAUAUCUAAUAGUGGUGAAAGAAAUUUGAAAUUAGCUUCAGUUUCAAGAAUUAUCCCUGGACAAAGAACUGCUGUUUUCCAGCGAUAUCUACGCCCUGAAAAGGACUACUUAUCCUUUUCUCUCAUUUACAACAACGGGAAAAGAUCCCUUGACCUGGUCUGCAAGGACAAAGUUGAGGCAGAAAUCUGGAUAGCUGGCCUUAAGGCAUUAAUUUCAUCUGGACAAGCUGGGCGCUCAAAAAUUGAUGGAUGGAGUGAUGGUGGCCUUUAUUUUGAUGACAACAGAGAUUUGACAUCAAACAGUCCAAGCAACAGUUCUGUAAGUGCAGCACGAGAAGUUAGCUCUCGUGAGGUUUCCAUUAGUUCAAACCCCAUUGCUUCUCCAAAAAGCAAUCGCCCAGAUAAUUUGGUCCAUUCACAGAGGUCUCAUGUAGCUUCGGACCAAACAAAUAUGCAAGUGAAAGGAUCUGGUUCAGAUGCUUUUCGAGUUAGUGUAUCUAGUGCCCCCAGUACAUCCAGUCAUGGUUCUGCUCAAGAUGAUUGUGAUGUGUUAGGGGAUGUAUAUAUAUGGGGUGAAGUUAUAUGUGAUAACAGUGUCAAGGUUGGGCUGGAGAAAAAUGCUAGUUUCAUUAGCACAAGAGCUGAUGUUCUCCUUCCCAAGCCACUGGAAUGUAAUGUUGUUCUGGACGUGCAUCACAUAGCCUGUGGGGUCAGGCAUUCUGCUCUAGUCACUAGGCAAGGUGAAGUCUUCAGUUGGGGUGAAGAAUCUGGUGGACGUCUUGGACAUGGAGUUGGAAAAGAUGUCACUCAACCUCGUUUAUUGGAAUCUUUAUCUUUUCUUAGUGUUGAUUUCGUUGCUUGUGGAGAGUUCCACACUUGUGCUGUUACAAUGGCUGGUGAACUUUACACAUGGGGUGAUGGCACGCAUAAUGCUGGACUUUUGGGCCAUGGCACUGAUGUCAGUCACUGGAUACCAAAGAGAAUUUCGGGUCCUCUUGAGGGACUUCAAGUUGCAGCAGUUACUUGUGGCCCGUGGCAUACUGCCUUGAUAACAUCAAUGGGGCAGCUGUUUACAUUUGGAGACGGAACAUUUGGUGUUUUGGGCCAUGGAAAUAGGGAAACUGUCUCACAUCCAAGGGAGGUUGAGUCUCUAUCAGGGUUGAGGACAAUUGCAGUUGCAUGCGGAGUGUGGCAUACUGCUGCUGUGGUUGAGGUUAUUGUAACACAGUCUAGUGCAAGUUUCUCUUCUGGAAAAUUGUUCACAUGGGGUGAUGGUGACAAAAAUCGCCUCGGACAUGGUGACAAGGAACCUCGACUGAAGCCUACUUGUGUUCCUGCACUUAUUGACUACAAUUUUCACAAAAUUGCCUGUGGGCAUAGUUUGACUGUCGGCCUGACUACAUCAGGGCAUGUUUUCACAAUGGGAAGUAUGGUCUAUGGUCAGCUUGGAAAUCCUCAGUCUGAUGGAAAGCUACCUUGCUUGGUAGAAGACAAGCUUUCAGGUGAAUCUGUGGAAGAAAUUGCUUGCGGUGCAUAUCAUGUGGCUGUAUUGACAUCCAAAAAUGAGGUCUAUACAUGGGGUAAAGGAGCUAACGGGAGGUUGGGCCAUGGAGAUAUAGAAGACAGGAAAACACCAACUCUAGUUGAAGCUUUAAAGGAUAGACAUGUUAAAUUUAUUGCUUGUGGUUCAAAUUACUCUUCGGCGAUAUGUCUUCAUAAAUGGGUUUCUGGUGCCGAGCAGUCCCAGUGCUCAGCUUGUAGACAGGCUUUUGGCUUCACGAGAAAGAGACAUAAUUGCUAUAACUGUGGACUGGUACACUGCCAUGCCUGCAGUUCUAGAAAAGCAGUGAGGGCAGCUUUGGCACCAAAUCCAAGCAAACCGUAUCGUGUGUGUGAUUCUUGUUUUGCUAAACUUAGUAAGGUGGCAGAAGCUGGAGGGCACAACCGGAGGAAUUCUGUACCACGGCUUUCUGGGGAAAACAAAGAUAGGUUGGACAAGGCUGAUUUAAGGUUGGUCAAGUCAGCGAUGCCAUCUAACUUUGAUUUAAUUAGACAGUUGGAUACAAAAGCAGCCAAACAAGGUAAGAGAGCUGAUACAUUCUUUCCGGGUCGUUCCUCUCAAGCAUCUAUGUUGCAGCUGAGAGAUGCUGUUACAUCUACUGCUAUUGAUCUUCGUCGAACAGUUCCAAAACCAGUUCUUACACAUUCAAGUGUUAGUUCAAGGUCCGUUUCACCAUUCUCAAGAAAACCUAGCCCUCCAAGGUCUGCAACACCAGUUCCUACUACAUCAGGGCUUUCUUUUUCCAAAAGCAUGACAGAUAGUUUAAAGAGGACUAAUGAACUUUUAAAUCAGGAAGUGCAUAACUUACGUGUACAGGCGGAGAGCCUUAGGAGUCGAUGUGAACUGCAAGAAUUGGAACUCCAAAAAUCAGCAAAGAAAGCUCAUGAAGCGAUGGCAUUAGCUGCAGAGGAAUCUGCUAAAUGUAAAGCGGCUAAAGAAGUUAUUAAAUCCCUUACAGCACAGCUCAAAGAUAUGGCAGAGAGAUUGCCUCCCGGUGCUUAUGAUGCUGACAGCUUCAAGUUGGUUCACCUGACUAAUGGGUUGGAACCAAAUGGCACGCACUACCCCGUUGCAAAUGGAGAGAGGAAUUCAAGAUUUGAUGCUAGCAACAGAAUCGAUUUGGGUACAUCAAAUAGAAUGGAGGGGGCAUCUGUUAUGCUUGAGGAUACCGUUGGAAGCACUAAAAGCAACUCAGGUGAUCCAGGAUCUUUACUUGCCACCUCCAAUGGAACGAAUGACCAUGCCGAUGCUAGACUUCCAAAUGGUAGUGGAAGUUUCCAGGCUAGGAGCGCUGUGUCGGAAGGGGCCCAAGACGCCGAAAAUAGCUUGAAAUCUAGAAACUCGGUGGUUUCUGGUAAUGCUAACCAAAUCGAAGCUGAAUGGAUUGAACAGUAUGAACCUGGUGUAUAUAUAACACUUGUAGCCCUUAGGGACGGAACAAGAGAUCUCAAACGCGUACGCUUCAGCCGGAGAAGAUUCGGAGAACACCAGGCGGAGACAUGGUGGUCAGAGAACCGAGAAAAGGUGUACGAGAGAUACAAUGUCCGUGGAUCAGACAAGUCAUCGGUUGCUGGCUAUGCGGCACGGAGAUCUGAAGGAGCAUUUUCACCUUCUUCCCAAGUUAUUUAGGUAAUAAUACCCAUGAUAUCACAAAAGUUCUCCAUCUAAGAUGUUCAGAGCAAUUGGACAAGACCAAUGUCCCAUUUUUCGGCCCUUUUUCUCCAAUUUCUUACCAUGUUUUUAAAAUUUUUGUCACCUAUUUCGUCUCUAAGGGCAUCCACUGCGUUUUUUUA